AUGGGUAUGAAAGUUGAGCAGAGGUCACUAAAAAUAUUCGCCAUUGGAUUCUUGAAGUAUGCAAUCCAACGGUCAUUUUCACACAGCAAAAACGAGAGCAACAGCCCCACCGGCCAGAGCAUAAGUUUUCUGCCACCGUCUCUAGAGUCUGACGCCAUAGCCAACACCAUAAAGUCCUUUUUUCCGGCGGAGCCUGAGCCGAGCUCCUCCUCAGCCAUGGAGUUCCAAAUCUUCCAAUCUCCUGAUUUUAUCUCGAGAACCAGCUGCAAUCUCGCUAAUACACAGGAUUUGAGGCUUUCGCUUCAGUCUUUCCAAGAUCCUGUCUUGCUCCACCACCACAGCCGCCUCCAGCUCAGCCGCAGCCCCUGGUUUUGCCAGGUGGACAGAGAACCAAUUUUUACACAGAGGGGAACCCUUCAGUCAAGGGAAAAUCAAGAAGCGGCGAAAGUUUGA